AAUGAGUACUGAAUCAUACUAAUACAAACCUCAUGUCAUCAAUAUUUCCUAUUCGGAAAUCUCGCCUGACAUCCCAGAGUUCUUCACACAUAAAAGACAUGUAAUUAUUAUGACCAAUACAGGAAGACCCAUCUAUGUGAGAUAUGGAAGCGAAAUCAAAGUAUUUAGAUUCAUAACAUAUCAAAAGUCAUCCAUCUUUUUAGCAACCAUCAAUGCCAUCUUCCAAAAGUUCCUUUUAUUCUUUUUUGAAGACAAAGAAAAACAAACCCUAUUUAGAAUUUCACAUGACAAAUGCAAUAUUUACAUUCUGCAAAGAAAUCAAAUCACCUACAUCUGCGCAACUAAUGUCCUCCAAGUAUACACUACUGCUAUUCUUCAUAGGACUCAGAAUUCAUCAUUUAUCAGAUGUUGGAUUUUCUCAACACCUAAUUGAUAUCCAUAGUCACAGAUCAAGCAAAUGUCCAAUUGACACAAAAACCCAAUUAUGAUCUAGCAUACUCUUUGGGAGGAUCAAGAAAUCUAUUGACCUUGGCUGUAAAGAACGGAUUAUAUUCUCCAUGCAUAGCAUUCAAUUCCAUUUGCACUUUGACCAUGACAGCCUCAAUGAGAUCGUUUAUUCACAAUAAUUUAAAGGAAACCAAGGUGGCUAAUGUGAUAGCAUCCUUGUUAUUGACUGAAACCUACGUAAUCGACAUUUGGAGACAAAAGAACAUGGAGUUUAAGACCUCCGACAUCAUGAUCAUAUAGAGCAUGAUUUAGGGAUAAGGGCAAUUGAAAAAGGGAGAGAACUGGAUCCCAGUAUGUUUGCCUGGUCUAUCAGCUAUGGGAUUUGUGUAUGCCUACAUCUACUUCUUCUAUUAAAACACAAUUGGGAUUGUUAUGAUAUCUGAUGACAACUCAUUGGACAUGUUCACUAAAUGCAAGGAGGCAUCCUCUAUUUUGAUUAAGAAAUUCGAUUAAAAUGGUCUGGAGCAAAGUCUAUUCACAUGUCUUCAAAAUAACCCAAUCACUCCCAAAUGCAUAGAGAAUUUGACUCAAAUCAAACAUUUCAUUGUCAGACACACGUCAGGACAAGUGUUUCUGCCCAUGUUCUAACCAUUCGGAAAGAAUUCUAAGACUUUCAAGUUCUAUAUGCAACAAUACGGAGAAUUGUAUAAGGACUUCAUGAUCUCCCAAUCUCUUGGCAAUUCAGAUGCCAAAUAAAACUACUUUGUUUGGGAUUCCAAAGGCUUUGGUAUCACACAAUACCACGAUGUUAUUGUAAGCAUUUACGAAUUAUGCCUAGAUUAUGUUCUGUUUUAAUGAACUCAUUGAGUUCCAACAAAUAGUUUAGAAUGUUCAUAUUCUACAUAAAAUGUUCAGAACAGAAGACUUGAUCAACUUCUUUAUAUUGAAACCAUCCUGA